GAUCUUUCCAACUCCUUUCCGCCCCACAAAACAGCCUGUUUUCGAAUACGCUUCGAUCUGCGACAUCUAUUAAAUCCUAGGAACCGGCGGAUAAACAGCUGUCCUGCGACGUUAUCGUUCCGAGAAAUCCUUGGAAAGACCUUCAAUACGGAGCCGCACGCAAGAAAUUUGCGACCCACACGGCCGUACCGCAUCCACGUCUUCUUCUCCCCUCUUCUCUGGUCCUCCCCUGCUCCCGCACAGCAGAACAAACAGCGCAUCAUAAGAUGGAGGAGAGCUCUUUCGCGACGGGGCGGGGGCGGGUGGUCGGGGACUACAUUCUGGGGCCGAAGAUAGGGUCCGGGUCGUUCGCGGUGGUGUGGCGGGCGCGCCACCGGCAGCACGGCCUGGAGGUGGCCGUGAAGGAGAUCGACAAGAACCAGCUCAGCUCCAAGAUCCGCGACGGCCUCCUCAAAGAGAUUUCCAUCCUCCGCCAGGUCUCCCACCCCAACAUCAUCCGCCUCCACCAAGCCAUCCAGACGGAGGAUAAGAUAUUUCUCGUGCUGGAGUACUGCAUGGGGGGUGAUCUUGCGGCGUAUAUAGAGCGGCGGGGGAGGGUCUCGGAGGCGGUGGCGAGGCACUUUAUGCGGCAGCUGGCUUCGGGGUUGCAGAUUCUUCGAGAGAGCAAUCUCAUCCACAGAGACCUGAAGCCGCAGAACCUUCUACUGUCAAGUACUGAUGAAACCCCCGUCUUGAAGAUUGGAGAUUUUGGGUUUGCAAGGUAUCUGAUGCCUCAAGGGUUAGCUGACACACUUUGUGGUUCCCCCUUAUACAUGGCUCCAGAGAUUAUACAGGAUAGGAAAUAUGAUGCCAAGGCUGACUUAUGGAGUGUUGGAGCAAUUCUGUUCCAGUUGGUCACAGGGAAGCUGCCUUUUGAUGGAAAUACUCAUUUUCAGCUUUUCCAGAACAUAUUGGCAACUAAUGAACUGCAAUUUCCAGAAGAUGUUUUGGUGAACCUGCAUCCUGAUUGUAUUGAUCUCUGUAGAAGUCUUCUACGUCGAAACCCAGUGGAGAGACUAACAUUUGAAGAUUUCUUCAACCACAAGUUCAUGGCACAAAGGAUAAGUGGAACUGCUAUGGUGUCACAAAAUACUGCAGAUGUUAACUUAGGAGAUAGUGAUCCAUCAAAUUCUUUAAAUGUGCAUGCCAUGAAGACUGGAAGCAUGGACCAGGGGCUUUCAUUCACAAAUACUUCAAAAGUCGCCGACUCGUUCGAACAAGAAUAUGUUCUUGUUCAAACUCAUUUUGCUUCUAUGGAGGCCUUAUUUUCUUCACUUGAGACAUCCUUGCAAGAUAAUUCGACAACUAGACUUCCUAGUUACAAACCAAAGCAGACAAGCAAGGGUACUGCUGGCCUGAUGCAAACUGGGGAGCUAGUCAUUAGCAAUAUUUCUGGUGCAGAGAGUAUGGGAAGCGAUGUUUCUUCUCCCUUAUCAAAAUUACAGGCAUCUACUGCGUCAGAGGAUGUGCAGGAGUCGUCAUCAUUGCAUCCUUCCACUAGGCUUCUGCUUCUAAGUCAGUAUGUAAAUGUCCUCACAGAAUUAGCACAAGAAAAGCUUCAUGAAGGAUUGCAUCUGGAAUCAUUUUCACUUGAACUCGUGACUUUAGCUGUAUGGAAAGAAGCCCUACACAUAUGUAGUUCAUGGAUGGCCUCGACAGCCGAGGCAGAUGCUCUGAAUACUUUUUCUGCUAAUGAAACUCCAUCCCAUCAAAAAGACCAUAUGUCUCUGAACAUUGCGGAGGGAGUGGAUUUCAUGAAGCCAUCAUCCAUUUGCUCUUGGGCAGAGAAAGGAUUUGUCGUUGCAUGUGAUCGAGCUGAAAAGAUUUCUAAUACUUUGCGGGACAUAGGUGAUGUGGUGAUGCCAGAUCCAAUGGAGAUUAUCUUUCAAACAGCUUUAGAAGAUGGAAGACGUGGUGCUGUGGAAGAAGUUAUGAGAAACAGUAGGAGAGCAGUUGCAUUGUACUCAAGAGCAAUCGCAUUGCUUACAUUUAUUAUGGUGGAAGCAAUACUGCUACCAUUGAAUCCACCAUUUUCACUCCCUCCUUCUGAUCGGCAAAGGAUCCACAGAUACAUCAUCAAUUUAAGAAGUCAUCUAAACAUGUCUCAUGGCAGAACUCACUCAGAGACAAACUAAUGAAUCUUCCAACGAUUGAUAUGACUCUUCAAGUAAAUAUAUAUGACUCAAGUGACUGCCCAUGGUAUUACUUACUGAGGAAACCCAUCAUCUUGGAUCGUAUCUAAUCACAAAGCCUGUCAUUGUUUGUCAGACAUCCGUAUUCUAAUCAAGUUUUCUCUUAGAGGUGACAAAUCUCAUUCAUGGGUAGUGGGGUUCUGUCAAAUUUUGGUUACAAAGCUACUCAUGUGGAAAUAAAUGCACAUAAUCUGUCUUUAGCUUGAUAGGUUGUAAAAAAGAAGAAGAAAAAACUAGAAACUGUACAGAUAAAUAACUGUCAAUGUCAAGUUGAAAUGUAGUUUAUUAUUAUUGCUGAACUCUCAGUUUGGGAAAGUUUCUAGUGGUGGAUGCAUUUUAGAAGUUCAUUCAGGUUUCUGGUUCAUACCAUGUUUGGGUACGCUACUAUGCUCCUGGCAAUUCAAAAGCUGACAGUGCAAGUCUGAUUACUAAUGUGAGUUGAAUCAGUCGGCAUCCCUAUCAAUUCAGAGGUCUGCUCUUCUCAAUGGCAAUCCAAGCAGGUUUCAGCACUAUCAGAUUGUGUCAUCUCAAUAUUGGCAUGAUAAAUUUAUGUUUCUAGUCCUGAAUGGCAUGUCCUUGCAUAAUAGAGCCCUCUGAAUAAUGUUACUCUUGCCAUGUUCCCAAUGUUCAGAGCUCCUAUCAUUACUUGCUUUA